ACAUGGCUGAAGAUGAAAAACAGACCGUUCCAUCUCCGAUAGAGGUAUUAAUCAAAGAGGAACCGGGAGAUAUCUAUGUCGAAUUUACCUUCGAGGAUUGUUUGAAGGAAGAGCCGGAUACAAUUUUGUCAGAAAAUGAGCAAGAUCCGAUUCCUGUUGAAUCGCGUCAACAGCCAAAUGUUGAUAUGAGUCGGUGUAAUUUUUGUCUGAAAUCGCUAGUGGACGGCAAACGAGUUCAAUUCGCUCCCGGUUGCGAAACAGCACAGCGCACGAAAAUUGAAUUCGUCCUGUCGAUUAAACUGAAUAGUGAGCCGCAGUGCUGUUUUAGCUGCUGGCAGAUGAUCGAAUUGUUUAAUGGUUUCAAGCGGUCUUGUUAUAUGGCAUUAUUCAAACCUGAUGAGCUUAUCGGGGCAGUUAUUCCAGCUGUGGAGUCUUUCACGGUUGUGAAAGAUUCGACGAAGUUGGUCCCCCAACCACCCUCAGAAUAUGAAUCUCUUACUGCAACUGUGGUGGAGUCUUCUACAGUGGUAAAUGUUUUGGCUAAAUCGGUACCUGAAUCGACGUCAGGACAUCGAUCUCUUACUCCAAAUGGGACCGUAAAUGGUGCGGCAAAAUUGGUGUCUGAAUCGGCGACAGAAGAUGGAUCUCUUGCUCCAAUUGAAGAGUCUUCCACGGAUGUAAAACAUUCGGCGGGGUUGGUACCUGAACCGGCACAGGAAGAUGGAUCUCGUACAGACCUAGUACAGUGCAUGCAGGCUUCGUCCCAGAGAAGGAAAUCUUUUGGUUGUCGACAUUGCGGUAAACGCUUUGCUAUAAUGCAAAGCCUUUUAACGCACAAGCACAAGUGUUACAAGCUUAAUUCCGAAAAAUACUCUUGUCAUGUGUGUUUUACCGCAUGCAACAAUCGACUCGAGCUACAAGCCCAUUUACGUUCUCAUAGUGACAAAAAUUUAUUCAAAUGUCGGAAUGAAGGCUGUUACAAAGCGUACUUUUACCCGGAGCUUCGAGUCCAGCAUGAACAAAAGUGUGGCAAAACUAAACCAUUAGAACCAGUUAACUGUAAAAUUUGUGGCAUUGAGUUUCCAUCCGCUCAUUCUAUUCUAGGUCACAUGUUGACUCAUAAAGAAGCAGUUUAUGAAUGUAAAAUUUGUAAUAAAAAGUUCAUUCAAAGGAACCGGCUAAAGACACAUUGGACCACACAUUUUCGGAAAGAAAUUGAAACUGCCUAUCCGGAAGCCCUCAAUAGUACCAAUAAUGUCACUAAUGCUGAUCAGACCAGUAAAGAUCAAAAUCAAAGUUCCAACAACAAUACCGCUGUAAAAACGCUAAUUUGUGACAUGUGUAAUACGACAUUUUUGAGCAAAGAGGAUCUGUCAGCACACAAAAUCAGUUGCACAAAGCUAAAUCCGUUUCAGCAUAAAAGUAAUCUGCUACGAUGCACACUCUGCCCGGCCAUAUUCGAUGAUCAACAAUCGUUGCAGUAUCACGUAGAUCGACAUAACGGAAUAAAAUCCGCCUAUUGCCGCAAUGAAGGAUGCACCAAUUCAUAUUUCGACGCUAGAUCUCGCAGAAACCACGAAAAAGUUUGUGGUAAAGAAUUGCGCUUCGUUUGUAACGUUUGUGGUGCUGUAGUUAAAUCCGAAGGCACAUUCCGUACGCAUAUGGCCAAUCAUGAUGAUCCUAAGCAUCCGUGUGGGCUCUGUGCGAAAAAAUUUCACACUCGGGCACAACUGAAGAAGCAUUCAUCUGUCCAUUCAGACGAACGAAAGCACGAGUGCAAGGUGUGUGGUAAGCGGUUCAAAUCUCACGAAGCCAACCGAGUUCACCAGCGAAUCCAUACGCAGGAAAAACCGUAUCCUUGCCAUAUCUGUGAAAAACGGUUCACCUACAAUUGCCAGCUCAAAACUCAUCUUCAAAAGGGGCACGGGUAGUUGCAGUAUCAAAAUCUGCGAAUUAGCUAUCAAUUAUCUUGGGGAAUAUACAGUGCUGUGCUAAAGGUUAAAAAGUGAUUUGCAGUUCAAGGUAAGUGAUACGAGUCAUUUAUUCCGAAACUCCGCGUGGUUUGACAAAUGUCUCCCAGUUUUUUUGUUUUUUUUUCAAUGUUGCUUGAAUAUCAAAAAUGCAACGAACGCCAAUGAUCAUCGUUCACUUC